AUGACUGUAGCUCGCAACAGGGUCGAUAGCAGUAUAAUAAUCCAGUACUCUGCAACUGAAUCUACAUCACAUAGUGAUCAUGAUCUAAUCCCAUAUCUGACAUUGGACAAUCAAGGAUCUCUUCCAAAUCACAGUCUAGUUCGACUCCGCUGCUUUAUUCAAGACAAUAGUGCAUCGUUUGAAACUUAUCCUAGCAAAUGCUCCGUUUUCCAUGCUACUACUGGUGAAGAGAAAAUCAUGAAUCUGAUUUAUAGAGAUACAGUCGAGCUUCCAUGGGAGUUUCCAAUCAACAACUUGAGUGCCAUUCGCUCCUUUUCUGAAAAACAGCCUUACUUUUGCUUUGCAGUUCCAGCAGAGGCCGAAUGGGUGAAAUCUCACAUCACUCCUUCUACUCAUGAAACUGACUUGACACAAUCGCUCGCACGUGUUGAAAUUACGAGCCAAGAUUCUAUUGCUGCGUCGUCCAAUCCAUCGGAUCUUGAUAAAAUGUACCACUUGGCCGUAUGUAAGGACGGUGCACAGGCUUUUCAAUCGUUGAUGAAAAUGAAAAUGGGCCAUGCUGAUCCCACUCAUGCCACGAUUGUCAAGACAUAUGGCAAUGAAGAAUUUCAAUUGAAUGAAAUUAUCGAGGUUAUUGGAAUUCUAGAUAAUGCAAAAUUGGAUGCUAUUGAAGACAAGGACAUGUUAAAUGAAAUAUCCUUGUCCAGCAUGCUGCCUUGUGUUCACGUAAUUUUGUCAGAAAAACUUGAAGGAAAACUAGUCAAUCCAUUGACUCGUAUAAUCUCAAAUCCUCUGCCUAAAUUUUCUGAAGUGGCCCAAGCUCUUCGACAAACUGCUAUUGAUAGCCUGCAAGGUUGUUUGAUGGGCGAUGCACUUGCGGCUGAAUAUAUAUUUUUACAAAUGUUUUCUCGCAUUACAAGUCGAGCUGGAGGAACUUUUCCUGUGGGAUAUCUCCCCAUCAAUCUAUGUAAUGCACCGCCAGCAGCCAGUUGCUUUGCUACGUCACUAGCAUCUGCACUCCAUCUAUUUGUUCCACAUGUCCACUAUCUUUCCAUGAAGCUUGAGAAUCUCAACACAGGGCUUUGGAUUGAUGCAGAUCAAGCUCGAUAUAAUGAUCAAGUUGAUUUGGGUUGCGCAACGGCCGAUCUUGGACUGUGUGCUGGUGCUCUGCAGCUUCCUAAUAGCACACUACUUGUCGUGGAUGAAUCAAGUCUUACUGAUGGAACGCUUGUUGAUCGCGGAGUGAAAAACAUUAAAGCCAUUGGAAACGUUAUCCAAAAUGCAGAAGUGUCAUUUGGAGUUGGAUUAGGAGGAUCCAUUCAACGUCCAGUCGACUAUCGCGUUUUGGUUAUCAGUGAGGGAAAGUCUAUGUUCAAGGAACUUUGUACUAUCCCCAUUCAGACUGAUCCCAAUGGCUCAUACUAUACACCUGCACUUACACAGGAUCAACUACACCUUUUGCGAAUAUGGAUUGAAGAAACUAAACACGGAGAGCCAGACUUUGAGCCUAGCAUGGACGAGAGAAUCCAAAAAGAGUUUACUGAAUCGCAACAAACUGCGAGAAUAAAUAACUUGCCUGUGGAUGAUGGCAGUAUGCUUCUUCAGAGACUCAAUCUUGCGCAGCUAUUGUGCAGAUCGUAUGGAUUGGGUCAAAUGAAUGAUGAAUGCUGGAAACAGGCAGGUAAACUUGAAACUGCGCGUUUGGCUCGAUGUGCAUCGUUUACAACCAGAAAAACAUCAACUGCUAAAUGA